GCGGUAUUUUCUAGAAUCUAGAAUGUGUGAUGACGACGUUUUCCUGCGACUCAACUUGACACAACCCUCUACUAAGCUUCACUGUCUGAACCGACGUGGACGCGAUAACGUUACCCAUUCACUUAAGUAAUCAGCCCCAAAAUUAUCACAUAAAUGACUUUGCAACCGUGGAAAACAAUGGCGGUAAAUGAACGGAGCGACAACAGAUAAACGGCCUACAGAACAUUUGAGCAUCUUAUCUAGCUCCCAUCGCCCCGCUCUCCGUCCGGCCCUCCGCCGUGCAGUCUAGCUUGAAGCUCAAUGCAUCACCACCCCAGUCAGAUGAGCAGCGAAUUGGGGUUUCUGCCUGCGAUGUACCCAUUCCCAUGCCAUACCAGCAUGCCCCAAACGUCGGGGUUCAACAUCAGCCCAGCGAGCACUUCUCACUCACUGCUGGCUCUACCCCCUGCCAACACGAGCUGGGAGAGACGUUGCCUACGGAAGCACAGGAGAAGAUCAGAUGACGAAGGAUGCAGUGCCAAGCGAAGGAGACUGACGAUGGGAAGUGACCCUGGAGACUCCAGCCCCAGCAUGUGUCAGAGCUGGCCUCCAGGGUCACCAGGCCCAGCCUGCCCUCUGCCCGGGCCAUCCAGCCCUGCCCCGCCCCAGCCCUGCCCGGCCCCGGUCCAGCCCCUCCUACUGCAGGGCCUGGCAGGGGCGCCCCAGCCCCGCCAGGAGACAGAGGGCUUCCUCAUGGAGGUGGAAGCUGCCCAGAGGAGACUACAGGAGAUUGAAGAGAGGAUAACCCUGGAGGACGAUGAUGAGGACGAGGACCUGGACGUGGACUCUCUGCCCAGGCGUCCGGUGCUGGUGAUGUCAGACAGCCUGAAGCUGGGGCUGCAACGCGGCAUCACAGACAUUCUCCCCCACACGGUGGCACAGUCUGUGAGCCACUCGUGCAUGGAGCUGGUGGUGUGGCGCCCCCCGGAGGACACUCUCUCCCGGAGGUUCAGGGGCACCCUGCAGAGGCAGCAGCGCAAGCAGCAGCAGCAGGCAGCCAGCCGGCCGCCCCCGGCCCCCAGCCCCCUUCCCAGCCUCUCCGGCCCCCUCACACCCACAGGCCCCCCAGGGGGGCCGUACCCACUCCCGGGGGGCAGCUCUGGAGAAGAGGACAUGGAGCUGUAGAGGCGGUUGCCCCCCUGACGCCGUGAGCUUCAGCCUGGAACGAAUGGGUUGGACGUCGCUAUGUUACUGUUGCCAGGGGGACAGAUUUAGACCAAGGCCCGGUUGCUGAUCAGCGUGUCGGUGGUGUUGGGUUCCUGGUUUUGUGCUCCUUUGGCCAAAAUUAAUGCCAAGUUUGCGUUGCAAUCAGUUGUUGGUACAAUCACUCGGUGCUCGUCUUUGGAGAUGUCUUCUAACUCGGAUCCAGAGGGGGGUGCGUUUUAGGGCAUGACAUCGAGAAGGGACCAGAAAUAUUUAGUUUAUUUUCUCCAGCUAUGUCUGUGUUAACAGUCAGUACCAGUACAUGUUUAAGAUUUCAGACUUUCCAACGGACUGUGUGACCUUGCCAUAGCCUCAAUAUCCUUGAAGGAAACCGACACUUAGCAAAUGUUGUGUGUUCAUAUCGCCAUUUACUCAUAAUUACACAACGUGCAGGAGUAGUGGGUUGUAUUUAGCCACAUCUUUGGUGUCUAGAGACGAAUGAAACUGCUUUUUUACUUAGUUUGAAGGCAGACAGAAACAGCUUGAGCUUCUUUAUUUUUUUUGUCAGAGUUGCAUUUUGACAAUUCAAUUCUGGUUUAGUCCAGUUUUUUCCCCACAUGAUUUGAAAGCAUGUGAGCUUGCUGUUCGACCGUUACCUGACGUCGUGUUCCUUUAGAUGGGGGGGAAAACAGUUGACACUUCCUUCGUUUUGGUGAAAAUGAAAUUGUGGAUAUUCACCGUCGUACAGUUUGAUUGUAUUCUCCUGACAUGCAUCUUGAUAGAAACAUUGAGUGUUACUACUUUGUAUCUGUUUCUAAAUAAAGACUGUCGCUGAAGA